AGUGCGCGAGCUGGCCGUCGUGGACGCCGCUCCGGGCAGCCAAGCCUCUGUGGCAGCCGGGGCCGCGGCGGCGCGGGUGCUCCGGGCCGAGGCCGCGUGUAAUGUUCAAGCUCAGCAAUGCCUUAUGUGGAUCGUCAGAAUCGCAUUUGUGGUUUUUUAGACAUUGAAGAAAAUGAAAACAGUGGGAAAUUUCUUCGAAGGUACUUCAUACUGGAUACCAGAGAAGAUAGUUUCGUGUGGUACAUGGAUAAUCCACAGAACCUACCUUCUGGAUCAUCACGUGUUGGAGCCAUUAAACUUACCUACAUUUCAAAGGUUAGCGAUGCUACUAAGCUAAGGCCAAAGGCGGAGUUCUGUUUUGUUAUGAAUGCAGGAAUGAGGAAGUACUUCCUACAAGCCAAUGAUCAGCAGGACCUGGUGGAAUGGGUAAAUGUGUUAAACAAAGCUAUAAAAAUUACAGUAAGUAUAUGUAUUUUUUUGAAAACUGUUCGAUGUCUGGAAUUAAAAGAAGAAGUAAAUGAAUGUGGUGAAAGAAUUGACAGAAAUAAUCUGAAACGGUCACAAAGCCAUCUUCCUUACUUUACUCCUAAACCACCUCAAGAUAGUGCAGUUAUCAAAGCUGGAUAUUGUGUAAAACAAGGAGCAGUGAUGAAAAACUGGAAGAGAAGAUAUUUUCAGUUGGAUGAAAACACAAUAGGCUACUUCAAAUCUGAACUGGAAAAGGAACCUCUUCGCGUAAUACCACUUAAAGAGGUUCAUAAAGUCCAGGAAUGUAAGCAAAGUGACAUAAUGAUGAGGGACAACCUCUUUGAAAUUGUAACAACAUCUCGAACUUUCUAUGUCCAGGCUGAUAGCCCUGAAGAGAUGCACAGUUGGAUUAAAGCAGUCUCUGGCGCCAUUGUAGCCCAGCGGGGGCCCGGCAGAUCCACAUCUUCUGAGCAUCCCCCCGGUCCUUCAGAAUCCAAACACGCUUUCCGUCCUGCCAACGCAGCCGCCACCACCUCACAUUCCACAGCCUCUCGCAGCAACUCUUUGGUCUCAGCCUUUACCAUGGAGAAGCGAGGAUUUUAUGAAUCUCUUGCCAAGGUCAAGCCAGGGAACUUCAAGGUCCAGACUGUCUCUCCAAGAGAACCAGCUUCCAAAGUGACUGAACAAGCUCUGUUAAAACCUCAAAGUAAAAAUGGCCCUCAGGAAAAAGAUUGUGACCUGGUAGACUUGGAUGACGCGAGCCUUCCGGUCAGUGACGUGUGAGGCAGAAGUGCACGGAGCCUGCCUGCCUCUGCUGUCCUCAGUUUCCUUUCAUGAGGCUUCUAGCCAAAGAUGGUAAAGGGGAAAACGGUUUUUAGUGCGUAUAUUAUACUGCCUCUUAGGUGUACUCUUUAUAAGCUGGUAAACCAAGAAUCUAGGGAGUGGCCAAACUAAAUAUAAUUUCUUUAAAAAAGAAAGAAAAAGGAAAAAUCCAAAAUAUCUCAGUACUAUCUGUCUGAAGCAUUGCGUGUUCUCAUUCGGGUGGUCACAAUGUAUGUGUAAUAUUUUUUUCCUAGUGAUUUUGACAGUUUAAAUGUUUAACAACUUAAAACAUUAAAAAUGCUUAUUAAUAACUUUGGUCAUUUAAAAAAUGCUACAAUGACUUCCUAUUAAAGGUUCAAUAUUUACACAUUCUUAUUGGUCAAUAUUACCACAUGAAAUAUUGCCAAACCAAGAUACCUAAACUCAUGAUGUUUGUGGUGCUGUAAAAUUUAUACAACAAUGUGGAUGAUUUUGAAAUUAUAACCAUUUUUGAUGCCCUGAAUCUUGAGGUGACUUAUUUUGCAUAGAGGAUAUUAUUAGACCAACAGUAAGGGUUGUGGGUUAUAUCAGCAUAGAAAAAAGAAGAAAACUAGAAUUCAAACAACUGUGUCUUAGACAUUUGUUUGAAAAAGCUUCAUCAGGCCUUGGAGCAGUCAGUGCUUUAUUCAGCAAAAAUUAUUUGGUAGGAAAUUUUUGGGAGAUCUGAUUUUCUUAUCAAAGUUUUGUAAAUAGUUCUUAUUUCUAUAUUUGGAUUGGUGAAAGACCUCAAGUUUAUAUGUAAAGACAUAACUGCCCUUAGUCAUGAAAUUGUUGUGACCUCUACUUUUUGUCACUAAUAGCCUAUAUUCAAGUGCCUGUGUUUUUUCAUCUUGUUUAGGAAUGUUUUGAGAUUAAUGUGCUUAAAAGUCCUACGUGACUGGUUUUAAACAUUGGGAUAAAAUUAAUUUUCAGUAGAAUAGUUUAAUGUGUUAAAUAAGAUAGCAUUUUAUGUUAGAGAUACCAGAAUGCUGGUAUUCUACUACCUGUGCAAUAUAUUUGUUUUAAAAAACAAAUUCGAGAAUACAUUUAAUCAUAGGGAUAUAGAUAAAAGCACCUCUCUAAAGAAUCUUUAGUUUCUGGUGUUGAAUUAUAGACCAGUUUGAGUAAGUACCGUUUGGUUUUUGUUUUGAGACGGACUCUCGCUCUGUUGCCCAGUCUGGAGUGCAACGGUGUGAUCUCAGCUCACUACAACCUCCGCCUCCUGGGUGCAAACAAUUCUCCUGCCUCAGCUUCCCGAGUAGCUAGGAUUACAAGUGCAUGCCAUCACACCUGGCUAAUUUUUGUAUUUUAGUAGAGAUGGGGUUUCACCGUGUUGGCCAGGCUGGUCUCGAACUCCUGACCUCAGGUGAUCCACCUGUCUCAGCCUCCCAAAGUGAUGGGAUUACAGACGUGAGCCACCGCACCCAACCCAUAAGUACCGUGUUUGAGGUUCAGUCUUAAACAUUUGCUUUAAGAAAACAGUCUUGAAUUUCACAUGCUGCUAUUUUUAUAUUUUGCCAUUUUACAGUACUGUUUUGUUUUGAAUUCAUACAUAUCACUGAAAAUUUCUCGUUUUCAUUUUCUUAGAUGACUUCUUGUCUGAGACAGAGAAAAAAUUUCCUACUACAGCAGUGGGGUCCAGAGGUUAAGAUAUAUUAGAAUUAUACAGUAUCGGUUUAAAAAUCUGUAUGCAUAAAGAAUGCACCACUCAACUUUUUUAUUCAUAAGCUAAUAUUUUUUUAAAGUUAUAUUAGGAUUUUUUCUCUUUUGCAGCUACAUUUGAAAGUGAUAGCGUAAAGAGAUUUUAAUAAGUUAUCACUUUUUCUGCUGAUAUAUUCAUUAUAAUGGCUUUUUUGAAAGUUCCUUUUUCAUGAACACACCCGAGAAAUCUUAAAUAUAGACACUUUGCAAUAUUUCUAAUGCUGUUUAAUUUUGGUACAGCUUCCACAUUGCAUGUUCAUUUUAGCACAUUUUGGUAUUUGCAAUUUGAUAUAUUUCAUGGUGGCAAAAUAUUAGCUCUAUUUUGGGACAUUUAAAAAUAGAACUAUCCUUGUUCAAUAGCAUAGGAAAAUGUUCUUGUGAUUGUCAGGGUCUCCUAAUAUUUAUCUCAAUUCUUUUAUAAGUCUAUGGAAACUAUUUAAUUAUUUUCAAACGUACACACUUUUCUUGUAAAUAUGUCACAUCUGAGUUCAAAAAAAAAAAUACUUUGAAUACCUUAAUAUUUGCUGCAUUUUUUUCCUGUAUAUAUAACAUGUCUUCUUUCAGAAUGGGAAUAUAUGUGUGCCUCCCAACAUUUACUGUUAAAGUCUGUUAUCUUUAUAUGUCAAACUGGUUGAACACUGUACUGACUUGAGAAUAAACUGCACAGAGUUUAUUCUGA